CAAUGACCCCCAACCAAACACUAAAUUGCUUUACGGGAAUGAUAAUCUGGAACUUAAUAUAUCAUUUCCAACCUUUAUCCCUAAAUAUUUUCUGCCUCCUUUAGAUUAAAACCUGUGAGGCAACCAUGUCUGCUGUAGCACUUUCUGCAGUUAUAUCGCCCAAACACUCAGAGACGGCCUCUCUAAAAUCGACAUUCACGUUAUCUCUCCAACACAGAUAUUUCUGCAAUAAUUCCAAUACACAGUUAAGAACCCCAAUUUUAAGGAGGACAAACGAAUUCAGAAUCUACAAAGUAUGCAAGGCUGCUUAUACUGCAGUUGAACGUGAAACUGAGAAUAUUGUAAAGAAGGAUGCACCAAUUUUGCCUUUUAGGGUUGGGCAUGGUUUUGAUUUGCAUAGGCUGGAACCAGGGCUGCCAUUGAUUAUAGGAGGAAUCAGUAUUCCACAUGACAGAGGCUGUGAUGCUCACUCAGAUGGUGAUGUACUGUUUCAUUGUGUUGUUGAUGCAAUUUUAGGAGCGUUGGGUCUUCCUGAUAUUGGACAGCUUUUCCCUGAUAGUGAUCCCAAAUGGCGAGGUGCAGAUUCUUCAGUCUUUUUGAAGGAGGCGGUGAGGCUUAUGCAUGAGGCAGGGUAUGAUCUUGGGAACUUGGAUGCAACCCUGAUUUUGCAGAGGCCAAAGGUGAGCCCUCAUAAGGAAGCUAUUCGAAGCAACUUAUGUAAAUUACUUGAAGCUGAUCCCUCUGUUAUUAAUCUUAAGGCUAAGACUCACGAGAAGGUUGAUAGCCUUGGUGAGAAUCGAAGCAUUGCUGCACACACAGUUGUACUGCUGAUGAAGAAAUGAUUGACUUUGUAUCCCAUUUUGAAUUUUAGAAAACUACAUCCUGUACCAUAGUACUUCUUUGCUGAGGCAAAUACCAUUUUAGUGUGAAUCUUCCAUUGUGCAAAAGAUGUUAUAUUUUUUAACCUGAGGCUAUACUUGCUACUUAAGAAAGUCGUGGUUUUUCUUUC